AUGAUAGUUAUUAAUGAGUUUAAUAAAAGACUUACUCCAACCUCAAUAAGUGUAAAUGCAUUGAAAAGAAAGUUAACCAAAAUCUCUGGUGAAUUUUAUGAAAAGUGCUUUUCAAGUCCAAUUAAAGAGAUAGUGUGUAUCAUAUUCAUGUUCGUUGACCCUAGAGAAGUCAUUUCAACAUUCCUUUAUGUUAAUAAAACUUGGAAUAAAGUGUUGUUGAACUCCCAAAUAUGGAACUGUUAUGAGGAAAAAUACGGGAUCCUUUCAAGAAUAACCAUUAACCCAUUCAAAAUCUUAUCAGAGAGAAGGUCUAAAGGUAAAGUGUUUAUGGGUAAAUAUUUGUGUGAUUCCAAAGUAAACAAAAAUAAUUAUGAGAAUGUUGUAGUGAGAGUGAUAGACCUUAAGCUAACGAAUGCAGGUAAAAAUGACGGAAUUCCUACUUCAAGCCUUAGGGAGAUGUCAUUCAUGAAUUUGAUCCAGCACCCUAAUGUAGUUAAGUACUAUGGAUCCCAGAUCAUCGAUAACAACCUUUUCAUAGUUACUGAAUAUGUUGAGUAUAAUUUAGUCGAAUACAUGGAACGAAAGCACAGAGAAUUUGAAUAUAUUAACUCUUGUAAGACUUUGUUGAAAAACGAAGUGAUGAAAAUAAUGAUGGAUUUGCUUAAGGCAGUAUCUUUUAUACACUCGAUGAAAGUUUUUCACAGAAACCUAAAACCUGAAAACAUCUUUAUAGAUUGUGAUGUAAUUGUGGGUGAAUCUGGUUUGAUUUACAAGUUUAAAAGUCUUAAAAUUGGUGACUUUUGUAUGGGAAGAUUAACUGGGUUAAUGGAGUACUCCCCAGAGGAAACAAAGGAGCGUUACCAAAGUUUCAGAGAGUGCAGGAGAUUAUUCUACAGAGCUCCAGAACUAAUUCUCAGAUGUGAUUCGUAUGAUCAAUCAAUUGAUUUAUGGUCCAUUGGUGUUGUAUUUUAUGAAAUAGCUUGUAAGGAUACAUUGUUCAAAGGGAUUAACGAAAUCAGCCUCAUAUGGGAUAUUUUCAACGUAACUGGUUUCCCUGAUUAUUCAUCACUAAAUUCCUUAUCUAUGGAUCUAUAUCUUAAGUGGAAAAGUGUGAUACUUCCAAAUAAACCAAUAGAUAUUGAACAUGUCAUAUCAAGUUCAAAAUGUUGGGAAGAAUAUGAUAGAUUAUGUAACGAAUACUCUAAAUCUGGCCAAUUAGAGCCCUUCGAGAAGUUAGUCAAGUUUUCUAAAAUAAUGGGAACUGAGUGUGUUAAAUUACUCUUUGGUUUCAUUAGUGUUAUUCCAUCAAAUAGACCUGAUAUCAUGAAAGUAAUGGAAAAACAAACGCUGUGGGACCUUAAAAUCCCAGAAAAUGGCUGUGAAUGUUUACUCACAGGUAAUGAAUGCAGACUAACCAACCAACCAUUAUACCUUGCUGGGGUUCAGAAUGGAAAAAUAGAAAGUAAUUACAAUCCCAAACAAACAAAUUUUAUCAUGAAUAAAACAAACCAUGUGUUUAAUGAGGAAAAUGUUAAACAUCCACACUCUAUUAUGGAUUAUCAAAUUAUACAUAAACACAUAGUAAAUUGGUAUUUUUAUGUUGCAAAAUGCUUUAAAUUAUCUUCCUUAACAGUUCACAUUGGAGUUGAUUGUCUCAUAAAUGUGAUGAUUUUAUUGGGAACUGCAAAACUAAAGCAGCUUGUUUCUAUAUUCAUAAGCUGUUUGAAAAUAGCCCAUAGGAUCAAUGAAAUCUCUCAGGAGUAUUACAGGUGCGACAACUUGACUGAAUACUCCGAAAUAGCAGUGAUUUCUAGGGAAAUAACUAAAAUAUUGGGGGCUAAAAAUCAAACACUUUUAAAGGUAAACCUCCCUGAUAGGAACGAGUUGAUAUACUACGAGAAGGAAAUUAUGAGACUGGUUGACUUCAAUUUACCACUUUAUUCCUUAUCUUAUUUGGUGUAUGAUAUGGGCAAAACGAUGCAAAUUGAUAUUGUGUCAGAGUGUUUUCAAUUUUCUUAUUUUUUAUCUGAUUUGUGCUUAUAUUACUUGGAGCUUAACAAAUUUGAAAAUGAGUUAAAGGCACAAAUUAUCUGGUUAAUCUCUUUAUUGAAAUAUAAGACAAAUGACUCAAAAUUUUGUGAAAAUAACGAAGAAACAAAUAAAUUUUAUAUGGAAGAAAAUAAACAAUUGGGAAGUGAAUAUAAAGGAGAUGAAUUGGAAGAGGUGAAGAGAGUCAUGAGGAGGUUAAUUAAUAGUAAAAAAUGGUAUAGAAGUAAAUCAAUCAGUAAAGUGCUAAGAUGUGUAUCGUUAAUAGAAUAUAUAGCUAAUGUUGGUUGCAAAAAAAUGAAAAUCGACCCGGACCAGAAUGAAAUUUAUGGAAUCCACACCGUUAAUUUUAGCAUUGAAGGGAUAGUUAACGUAAAAUUCAAAUUAAUAAAAAUGCUAAUAUGUGAGGAGGUAGAAGAACAAAUGAAAGGAAUUCCGGAAGAUAUCUUAUGUAGAAACCUGAUACAAGAAAUACAAAAUUUAUAA